GGAAGGUUGCCAUGGGAUAUUACUUGCAGGAUAAUCUGAUCACAAUUCAUUUACAUAGUGGUUUGAUACAAAAUGAGGUUUGAGAUAGAAAUAACAUGGUUCAGACUUUUGUAUAAAUGAGCGAUUUAUUCCGAAAAACUCAAAGAUGUCGCAUGAAACUUACAAUAUUUUAUGGAGUGAGGCUCAAGAAAUUUUGGAGGAGGUGACCAAAAUUGAUGUGGAAGAGCAAAGUUCCAAACCAACAAAAGAUAAAGUAUUGGCUCACAAUGUUGUGUGUGGUAUGUACGCAAAAUAUAUAAUUUGCAUAAAUAAACUGGACCAAUGCUAUGAUCAAAUCGUGCAACCUCAAAAAAGAUUGCUGAUCAGGCGAAUUCUUGAUGCGACUAUUGGAAGAUUCAUUGAGCUGAAGCACGAGCUGGUCAAUUUGGACAUUUCUGAAUUCAACUAUUUUGACGAUAUUUUAUCCAAUAUGCGUAUCCUACCACAAGAGGUGGAGGUGAAUGUUCCAGCUUACUACAAACGUGAGCGAGCGACAGAAAUUUAUGAACGGAAGAAGAUGAUAGAGGACACAUUGCGACAACUGGGUUUUGAUGAUGAAAUGCCUAGAGGACUUGUCAUGACAGAGCUUGAAGCAAUCAGACUCAUCCAGAUUCAUGAGCGGGCCAGACAAGGGAGGUUGCGAGCCCAAUUCAUGAAGGAGAUAAGACAAAUGAAAGAAAUCGUAAAACCUGAAUCGGAAAGUGAAAAAUCAGAGAGCGGAAGACAGUCCGCUUUGAAAAUUCAACGAGUAUGGCGAGGAUUCAUCACGAGAAGAAAAAUUAGAAAGAGAGUUGUGGAAGAAAUGCUGCUUAUAGGUAUGCUACAGCCCAGCCAUACAGACACAGAGCAAAGAGACCACGCAGAGGAGGUGAAAAAACUCCGUCGGAAAGUUCAGGAAAAGCAUGAAGAAGAGUACCAAGAGGCUUUAGUUCGAGAAAAAAAUUUGGUGAGGAAACAAAAAGCUGGUAAAAUGAUGGAAGACAUCAAAGACCAAGUGAGAAGUUGGUACAUGAGUUACAAAGCACAAACGGGGAAAUUCCCCGAUUUGCCCAGUGAGGAGUCAGGAGGAUCCGCCCUCAUAUUCAGCAGGCAAGGAGCAGACAGUGAAAUCAGCAAAGCCACCACACCAUCCUCCAAGGACAGCAAAGGUAAAAAGGAUAAAACAAAAAAAGGCACAAAAGAGAAAGACGAUAUGAAAAAAAAGAAACAAGAUGACGAGGAAGAUCCAGGGUUCAAAAUGGGGCCGUCAAAUUUUCUAACUGAUUUAAUGGUUGCCAAUACUGAAUACGAUGAAGAGUGGAAGGAGAAAAAUGAGAGUGACAAUCCUAGCCAGAAAUACUACUUGGACAUGAUCAAGACCCAAAAAACAGCUGAGAUAGAAGCAGAAAUUCGAAAAAUAGUGGAUGAAGAACUCAGAGUCGAGCUCGAGUUGUUACAGGCAGCUUUAGAUCGAGAUCGAGCAAAGAAAGGAAAAAAAGGGAAGAAAGCAAGCAAGAAGAAAAAAAGCAGGAGAAGUGGAAAGAAGGGCAAAAAGAAGAAGGAGAAAGACUUGACACCUGACCGAACACUUGAUUCGCUGUUUGAGGAACUGGUAGUGAACGGAAUUAUAAAGCGGUACCCAGAGACACCACUUUCUUCUUUCCGCGGAGAGAAAUCUUAUGCAAAUUACGAAUUACGUCUACAAGGAAACGACCCACAACCCUCUCUGGGAGAUGUCAGGCAGGUGAUGCUGGAGUAUUGUAUUUUACCACUUGGUUCCAAAACUGUUCAUCAGACAGCUCCCAUGGUGAGAUCAUUGUUAUUGACUGGUCCACAUGGAAGUGGUAAAAAAAUGUUGGUGCACGCCGUUUGUACUGAAAUUGGAGGAAUACUUUUUGACCUGAGCCCCGCUAAUAUUGUCGGAAAAUACCCAGGGAAAUCUGGACUAAUUAUGUUGGUUCAUCUAGUCAAUAAAGUUGCCAGAUUGGUGCAGCCUUCAAUAAUAUUCAUGGAUGGAGGCGAAAAACCUUUCCUCAAAAAAGUGCCAAAAACUGAUAAAACAGACCCUAAAAGACUAAAAAAGGACUUGCCAAAAAUUGUUAAAGGAAUUACCCAAGAGGAUCAGAUAAUGCUGAUUGGAACUUCAUUUUGCCCAUGGGAGUGUGAUCAAAAAUUGCUGGCACAGACUUAUCAUAAGAUGAUCCUCAUACCAAAACCAGAUUACGCAAGUUUGAGUUUUCUCUGGGCGGAGCAGUUAUUCCAAUACAGUGGUGUCAACCGGCAGUUUGAUACAUGUGCCUUGGCUAAAAUUUCAGAUGGAUUCACAGUUGGCGCAAUCAUUAAUGCUAUUAAAGAGGUAAUGACAUGUAAGCGGGUGCUACAACUACGGAUUCAACCGCUAACUCAUGCAGAAAUCAUCAAUGUUCUCUCACGCUUUGAACCUGUGUAUAAAGAAGAGGAGGAGGCAUUUAUGCAAUGGUACGCUAAGACUCCAAUUGGCAGGAAAAAACAGCGCGCCUUGGAGUUACUGGAAGUCGAGAAGUACAUGGAGAAUGAGAUGCAGAAAAAGAAAAAAUAAGGAGAAAAGCAAACAGCCAUCUAACAGGUAGAUUGA